AUGAUGACGACAAGGGCGGACACAGGCAGCAGUGGUGAUGGUGAUGGCAGCGGUGAUGGCAGUGGUGAGGGUGGGGUGCAGGUGACCGUGCUGUUGUUUGCAGAGUGUCGUGAGCGAAGCGGACAGACAGAGACAACGUUGGACUUGCCACACGCAAAUACCACUGCAACACACAUUCUCCAAGCCAUUGCAGCAAAGUUCCCAAGCCUUGAGCCGGUCUUGGGCACCGUUGUGCUGGCUGUCAAUGAAGAGUAUGUGGAAAAGGACGCCAAGUUGGAGCUGAAGCCGAGCGAUACCAUCGCCCUCAUCCCACCCAUCUCUGGCAUCAUCUCCGAAUCGUGCCUGCUGCCAACAGUGACGCUGCUGUGGUGCGAUGGAAUGGCGUGGUAUGACAUGACGCGCGCGGGAUAG